AUGGCGGCGGAGGUGGAUUUUGGCGACCUAGAGCUGUUCGAGGCGUUUGACCACCCAGAGGAGUCGAUUCCGAAGCCUGUCCACACCCGCUUCAAGGAUGACGACGGCGACGAGGAGGACGAGAAUGGGGUCGGCGACGCGGAACUGCGGGAGCGGCUGCGGCAGUGCGAGGAAACCAUCGAGCAGCUCCGCGCCGAGAAUCAAGAACUUAAAAGAAAAUUGAACAUUCUGACUCGACCAAGUGGAAUAUUGGUGAACAAUACUAAGUUAGAUGGACCUUUAUUACAGAUUCUAUUUAUGAACAAUGUUAUUUCAAAGCAAUAUCAUCAAGAAAUAGAGGAAUUUGUAUCAAAUUUAGUAAAAAGAUUUGAGGAACAGCAGAAAAAUGAUGUGGAAAAGACUUCCUUUAAUCUUUUGCCCCAGCCAUCUAGUGUUAUGCUAGAAGAGGACCAUAAAGUAGAAGAAUCCUGUGCCAUUAAAAACAACAAGGAAGCUUUUAGUGUUGUAGGAAGUGUCCUGUAUUUUACUAAUUUUUGCCUUGAUAAAUUGGGGCAACCGCUACUAAAUGAAAACCCUCAGCUUACCGAAGGAUGGGAAAUACCCAAGUACCAGCAAGUCUUCAGCCACAUUGUUUCUCUAGAAGGGCAAGAAAUACAAGUAAAGGCAAAAAGGCCAAAGCCUCACUGUUUCAAUUGUGGUUCUGAAGAACAUCAAAUGAAAGAUUGCCCAAUGCCGCGGAAUGCUGCUCGAAUAAGUGAAAAGAGAAAAGAGUAUAUGGAUGCCUGUGGCGAGGCGAGUAGCCAGAAUUUUCAGCAGCGAUACCAUGCAGAAGAGGUGGAAGAAAGAUUUGGAAGAUUCAAGCCGGGAGUCAUUAGUGAGGAACUUCAGGAUGCACUAGGUGUGACGGACAAGAGCCUUCCACCUUUUAUAUAUCGAAUGCGCCAGCUCGGAUACCCCCCCGGGUGGCUCAAAGAGGCUGAACUGGAGAACUCAGGGCUUGCGCUCUAUGAUGGAAAAGAUGGUGCUGAUGGGGAAGCGGAAGCUGGGGAAGCCCAACAGAAUAAAAGCGUCACCUACGAUCUCUCGAAACUGGUAAACUAUCCAGGUUUUAAUAUAUCUACUCCCAGAGGAAUUCCAGAUGAGUGGAGGGUGUUUGGGUCCAUACCGAUGCAGGCCUGUCAGCAGAAGGACGUGUUUGCCAGUUACCUUACUUCUAACUUCCAAGUGCCAAGUGUGAGGUCUGGCGGCAAGAGGUCUUCUUCCCAGUCCAGCCCUAGCAGCCCAAAGAAGCAGAAGAAGGAAAGCGGCUCAGCAACCUCGCCUGCAGACAUGGAGCUUGACUCGGAUGCGGAGGUCCCGCACAGCUCUCCAAGCAGCGAAGCUUUUCAGUUUCAGCCCCCAUUGCCCCCCGGCACCCCUCCCCCGCUGCCACGGGGGACUCCUCCACCCAUCUUCACCCCUCCGCUCCCCAAGGGCACCCCGCCAUUGACUCCCAGCGACUCCCCCCAGACCAGAACAGCGUCUGCAGCUAUGGAUGAGGACUCGCUGACUCUGGAAGAACUUGAGGAACAGCAGAGGCGGAUAUGGGCGGCCCUCGAGCAGGCCGAGAGCGUGAACAGUGAUUCUGACAUUCCUGUUGACACACCUCUCACCGGGAACUCGGUCGCCUCUUCGCCUUGUCCAAAUGAGCUAGACCUCCCUGUUCCAGAGGGGAGAACCUCUGAAAAGCAGAUGAUGCCUGAUGAGCCCGAGGUACCAGACACUUGUACAAAGAAAUCAGAAGUUGAACGUUCUCUGAGCCCAGAUUCUGAGCCUACCUUGCUUUGUCAGAAGGAAAAGGAAGAGUCUGCUCAGGCGGACUCCAAAGAUGCUCCUCUUGAUAAUGGCAGUGUUGUGUCGGACUGUGACAUUAGAAACGGAGGCAGUCAGAAGCGCCUUCAUGUGGACACCAGCCCUUCAACGGCCACUACAAUUCAUAGUCCUGUACCUGACAUGAGCAAGUUUGCAACUGGAAUAACGCCAUUUGAAUUUGAGAAUAUGGCAGAAUCUACUGGAAUGUACCUCAGGAUAAGAAACUUGCUAAAGAACUCGCCCCGAAACCAGCAGAAAAACAAAAAGGCCUCUGAAUAGCUGCUUGACUUAGCACGAAGAACCACUUAAUUAUCUAUAACUUUGUGUUCUGUUAAUUAGUACCAAGUGGAGAUAAAAUUGUUUUCCGAUUUGUCCCUCCCAUGUUUAAAUCUAUCCAAAGCUUAAU